AAAACAAGAUUAUCUGCUCAUCCAAAAAGAUGCAACCGACUGGGUUCCUUUCACAAGACAACCACGUGAGCACCGCAGACUGAUGAGUAGAAUCAAUAAGAACGUGAUUUUGGCGCUUUUAACUUUGGCAAGCUCUGCGUUUCUGCUGUUUCAAUUGUACUACUACAAGCGCUAUUUAUCAGCAAAGAAUGGAGCUGGUUUAUCAAAAUCCAAAGGAAGCCGAAUUGGAUUUGAUAGCAUACAGUGGCGUGCAGUCAAAAAAUUUAUUAUGCUAACAUCCACUCAAAAUGUACCGGUGUUCCUUAUUGAUCCUUUGAUUCUGGAAUUGAUUAAUAAAAACUUUGAACAAGUCAAAAAUACUUCUCAUGGCUCCACUUCAGAAUGCAAGUUUCUUUGUGCUCCAAGAGACUUUACUGUGUUUGCACUACAGUAUCACCUGUGGAAGAAUGAGGAAGGCUGGUUUCGGAUAGCUGAAAAUAUGGGGUUUCAGUGCCUAAAGAUCGAGAGCAAAGAUCCCCGGCUGGAUGGGAUAGACUCGCUUUCUGGAACUGAAAUCCCCCUGCACUACAUCUGCAGAUUGGCCACUCAUGCCAUCCACUUGGUGGUCUUUCAUGAGAGGAGUGGCAACUACCUCUGGCAUGGCCAUCUGCGACUCAAAGGACACAUUGACAGGAAAUUUGUUCCUUUUCGAAAGUUACAAUUUGGUCGUUAUCCUGGAGCUUUCGAUAGGCCAGAGUUACAACAGAUUACUGUUGAUGGACUAGACGUUCUCAUUCCAAAAGAUCCAGUGCACUUUCUAGAAGAAAUACCACACUCUAGGUUUAUUGAGUGUAGGUAUAAAGAAGCUCGAGCAUUCUUUCAGCAGUACCUUGAUGAUAACACUGCGGAAGCUAUGGCCUUUCGGAAGAGUGCAAAGGAAUUGCUGCAACUAGCAGCCAAAACACUGAAGAAAUUGGGAGUGCGGUUCUGGCUGAGCAGUGGGACUUGUCUAGGAUGGUAUCGGCAAUGCAACAUUAUUCCUUAUAGUAAAGAUGUUGACCUAGGAAUUUUUAUACAGGAUUACAAAUCUGAUAUUAUUUCAGCAUUUCAUGAGGCAGGACUUCCACUCAAACACAAAUUUGGGAAGGUAGAAGACAGCUUGGAACUAUCUUUCCAGGGAAAAGAUGAUGUAAAACUUGACAUUUUUUUCUUCUAUGAAGAGACUGACCAUAUGUGGAAUGGAGGCACUCAGGCCAAAACAGGCAAAAAAUUUAAAUACCUGUUCCCCAAGUUUACACUGUGCUGGACUGAGUUUGUAGACAUGAAGGUUCAUGUGCCCUGUGAAACCAUCGAAUACCUUGAAGCCAACUAUGGUAAGACCUGGAAGAUUCCUGUGAAGACAUGGGACUGGAAGCGCUCUCCCCCCAACGUGCAGCCCAACGGCCUCUGGCCUAUUUCUGAGUGGGAUGAGGUUAUCCAGUUGUACUGAGACAGGAGGUUGAAAUGGUAGAAUUCCCCUCGUGACAAAGGUAGAUAACUAUUUAAAAAGGUAUGUGUCUAUUUGUCAAAUGUAAGUAGGAGCCAAAGAAAAACGACAUGUUUGAAGAUACAGAAGGAGUCCUAACUCCUGAGCCAUCUGGUUUAAUUCUCUCAUUUUACAUUUAUUAAAGAGUCUCCAUGUGCCAGGUACAGUGCUAGGUUACAGUGGAAAAGCAGAGAUGGGUGAGACAGAGCCUGCCUCUCCUACCCUCCCUUUGGUAAGCACCCCAAUUUUCCUUCGAGGGAAACACUGCCACCCUUUGAAGAGCUCAUAUAGAAUGUGAUAUGUUCUGUAAAUGCUUUAAAAACAUAAGAUAAUGUUUGGACUGGAAGAUGAGCUCACCAGGCAAAGCUAAGGAAGGAUAUACUAGUUAAAAAGAAUUGUCCUCAGCAUUUAAGCUGGUGUGUUAGUGCUGCUCUUAAUAUUGUGGAGUCUGAGUUCAUAUUCAAGUGAUCAGACUUGAGGUGGCAUCAAGAAAAGAUGCUAGCAGAAUCAUUUUACAAGCCACCUGAUGUGGACUUGAUUUAGAGCAUAGGACAUCAUUCUAUAAGAGAAUGAGAGUGUAUUUCUAGCCUUAUCAAAGAGAAGUAAAUUUUCAUACACUUAUUAUUUUCAUAUUUGAAGUGAGAAGAAAGCUUGUGCUUGUGUGAUGCUUAGAUUUCCAGCCAUUGUGAGAAUAUUUCCGCUGACCUCUGAUAACACUUGUUGACAAAUCAUUCAAGUAAGACCAUGCUAUUAGAUGUGAUUUUGAAAGGGUUGUGAUUUCACAAACUUGCUUUUCAUGACAUUCUCAACCGUCCGUUAUGUAAAAAUAUGAGCUGUUCAUGGACAUUUUAUAUUUUCUGAAUUUAUAAUCCUUAUACUCCCAAUUUUAAUGUUAACUCUAAAAUAUUAAUAGAAAUACCUCUAAUUUUUCUAAAUGUACUCUUCAGUGUAUUCAUUCGUCAAUUACAGCUCUAUAUCGUUCAUUUAUGGCCUAUAAACCAAUUUAAAUGGCAUGUAAACCUCCCUGUCCCUUCUCCUCUUUCAGUACUACAUCAGGUCUCCAAAAUGAAGAUAAAUGGCAAACCUGGCAACUGUUCCCACCCCAGAUCAUAGUGUUUGUAAAGUCUGUGUCCAUUCCUAAUUGUUCUUUCUGUUGAAUAUUGACAGGGCAAGAACUCAAACUUCCCCACGUUAUCAAGUACCACCCUCUGAAACCCUCCAGUUUCCUUUUUCCCCUCAAGAUACAUCCCUGAGUGGGCUGGGCUGGCUCUGUCUCUUUCAUCUUUUCAAGAGUCACUUUAAUUAUAUAUUCGAAGUAAGAUGGGAUAUGGAGGCACAAUGAGCACUACUCUCUUUUUCUUUGUCUGGGAAAGGAACCUAAGUCUUACAUUUUAUCUAGGCUGCUUAGGACUACUUCCUGGACCAGACUGGCAGAUUUUCCUCUAAAACAAGAGAAUAAUAGGAGUGUCAGAAAUGGCAACCAGAAAGUCUGAGGGAGUGCGCUAACAGAGUUUUCCUAAAACAAAAUUUUGGGAAAGUAACCAACAACCACUGCACUCCAGAUUUUAAACACAAUGAAAAUUUUUUUUGAUAAAUGAUAACCAGUGGCCUUCCUCUCUUAUGGUGAGUUCUCCAUGCAUAAUCAUUGGGUCUUUUCAUAAAUAACAUAAUCAGGUUUUCAGGGACCUUCAAAAAUUAUCAGCAAACUUAUCCCAAAAUGAUGGGCCAUUGUAAUCAGCUUUCUCUUUGCUUAGAAAGCCAGUCCAUAGAAAUCAUACCCAAAUUCUAAGUAGCUGAACCUAAUUUCAUUUUUCAUGGUUGAAAAAAAUAUAACAGAUAAUAAUAGUGUUCCUGGGAAAAAUCCACCCUGUUUAUUGAGGACCAUUUGGUUGUGCUCAGCAUCUAGAAGUGCAUACACUCCACAUUUCUGCCCAUUUCAAAUUGAGGUUCCCACUGUUAGCCAGGGGGUCUUACCUACCCCUAUUUAGAUUAUUUCUUUUUUAUCUGACCCUGGAGUCCAAGGUCUUGAAGUGUCCAAAAUCCAAGAUAUCUUGGCCCCAUUGGCAGAAGUUGCAUAUUCUUCCCUCCAUAGACCACUGGCUGCUGAAAUACUUUUUUUGAUUGCCUUCUGGUUUCACAGGCUUCAGGUCUUGGGUCCUACCCUAAUUUGAGGGAAUGAAAGCCUGUCCCCAAACUCUGAAGGCCAGGCUUGCCCCUGAUACAGAUCCAGCCAUACUUCAUCCUGUCCUUCUUAACAGUUGCACUCUGCUGAGUGUCCAGAGACCUUGAGUCAGGUGGAUCCACCAUCAACACCUCAAAAGAUCACUUUUCUUUCCUCACCUGAGUAUCCCAACAAUAAUUCUCCUAAUCUAAGCACUAUCAGGUCCAGUUUUCCUGGCUUACCAGGAGAAAAC